AUGGACAAAGCAACUUCAUUAAGCACCCCUAUGGUCGUUAGGUCAUUCAAUGUUGAAAAUGAUCCUUUCCGACCACAUGAAGAAAAUGAAGAGAUACUUGGUCCUGAAGUGCCGUAUCUAAGUGCAAUAGGAGCACUUAUGUAUCUUGCAAACUGUACUAGGCCUGAUAUAUCAUUUGCUGUUAAUCUUUUGGCAAGAUUCAGUGCAUCUCCCACGCAAAUACAUUGGAAUGGGAUCAAACAUAUCUUUUGUUAUCUCCAAGGAACCAUUGAUUUAGGAUUAUUUUAUCCUAACAACUCAAACGAAGAAAUUGUUGGUUUUGCAGAUGCAGGGUAUUUAUCUGAUCCCCAUAAAGCUCGAUCACAAACUGGCUACGUUUUCACAGUUGGAGAAACUGCUAUAUCAUGGCGCUCCCAGAAACAAACACUUGUAGCCACUUCCUCGAACCAUGCUGAAAUAAUUGCUCUCCGCGAAGCCAGUAGAGAAUGUGUUUGGCUCAGAUCAAUAAGUCAACACAUCCUUUCAAGUAGUGGGAUCAACGUCAAUUCAAAGCCGACCAUCUUAUAUGAGGAAAAUGCAGCAUGUGUCGCUCAAACAAAGGAAGGAUACAUCAAAAGUGAUAGAACCAAACAUAUUCCACUGAAGUUCUUCUCGUAUACCCAAGAACUCAAGAAGAAUAAAUAA